ACUCGUAGCGAAAUGAUCUCUGUUGAAACUGAACAUUUUUCUAUUAAUCGAACUCUUCUGCUAGUACUUGGCUUAUGGCCUUAUGAGCGAUCAACACUUGUCCGACUCCAGACUAUCAUACUUUUUGCUAUACUGAUGAGUUUUAUAAUAUUUCAGACUACAGUCCUUCUAACUGCAGAAUGCACUUCCGAUCUUCUCAUAAAUGUUUUCUGCAGCACAUUAUUAUGCUGUGUUUUAUUGGUUAAUUUUCUUUCGUUCUGGAUUAAUAUGCGAACUGUAACAUGUUUAAUGGAAAGAUUACAGGAAAUUUGUAAUGAGUUGAAGGACGAGAAUGAAAUUGCAAUUAUAAAAAGAUAUGGUUAUCGAGCGAGACAAAUUACUAUUAUUCUUACACAAACGUUAAUCGUGACCGAGUACUUUGUCGAUCAAGAAAAAUAUUAUUACUUAAUCAUGUUGCAUACGAUCAUAGCAAUUUGCAUAGGAAUGUUUGCAAUAGUAGCAACUGGAACGCUGCUUUUGGUGUUUCUUAAACAUGCCUGUGGAAUGUUUAGUAUCGCCAGUUAUCGCAUAGAACGAGCAAUUACAAACAAUAAGCGAGAAAAUGUUAAUCUAAAAGACCAGAAUGUGAUUUUUAAGAGGAUGAUCUAUGCGGUAGACAUUCAUCGUAAAGCUAUGAAAUACUCCAGAUUUCUAAUAUCCAGCUUUGAGGGGACUUUCUUUCUUCUCAUUGUGUUAGGCGUGGUUAGCUUGAGUCUUAAUCUUUUUCGAGUCGUUCAGCUUGCAUCAUCCGGAGGCAAUAAAGAGGAACUUUUAUUUCGUUUCAUAUGUAUAAUUCUCAUUCUUAUAUAUAUGUUUUUCUGCAACGAAAUCGGACAGGAAAUUACCGAUCACAAUGAUCAAGUAUAUUUAACUGCAUACAAAGUGAUGUGGUAUGCAGCGCCCUUACAUGUGCAGAAACUAAUAUUGUUUCUGAUACAAAGAGGUAACAAAACUUUCGGGUUGCAUGUGGGUGGAUUAUUUACCUCAUCUUUACAGUGUUUUGCAACGUUGGCGAGUACAUCAGUAUCUUAUUUUACCGUAAUGUAUUCGACGCAACAGUGACGUAAAUACAUCAUUUAAUAGUACAUCGAAAUGUAGUAAGUGAGCGUGACAAGUUCUCUUCGUUAUAUUGUUAUUGGAAACUUUUAAUUCAUUCUGUAUAUUAUCUUUUUUAUAGUUCUUUUUAGUCGGUAGCAUAUAAUUUAUCAGGCA